ACUUACAACAGGAAGCAUCAGGCUGGGGCCUCAGUGACUGUGUUCUCUAGACACCGCUGCAGAGCCAGCUGGCAGGGAGCGAGCAGACAUUGUCAGUCAGCCAGACCCACUGAGUGGAGGCCUCCAGGAACCAAGAGCCACAGGACAUGCUGGGCCCACACUUACUGCUGCUGGCCUUAGCUGGACUCCUCUCCCUGGGAUCUGUCACAUCCCAGGAGUGUACCAAGUACAAAGUCAGCAACUGUCGGGACUGUGUCCAGUCGGCGCCUGGCUGCGCGUGGUGCCAGAAGCUGAACUUCACUGGGCCAGGGGAGCCCGACUCCUUGCGCUGUGACACACGGGAACAACUGCAGCAGAAGGGUUGUCCAGCCGAUGACAUCAUGGAACCCAGGAGCCUUGCUGUGCCUCAGUACGACCCACCAGGGGAGCGGAAGCAGCUCUUUCCACAAAAAGUGACGCUUUACUUGCGACCAGGGCAGGCAGCUGCAUUCAACGUGACUUUCCGGCGGGCCAAGGGUUACCCCAUUGAUCUGUACUACCUCAUGGAUCUCUCCUACUCCAUGCUAGAUGACCUCAACAAUGUCAAGAAGCUGGGCGGCGACCUGUUGCGGGCGCUCAAUGAGAUCACUGAGUCAGGUCGCAUUGGCUUUGGGUCUUUCGUGGACAAGACUGUGCUGCCCUUUGUCAACACACAUCCGGAGAAGCUGAAGAACCCGUGUCCCAACAAGGAGAAGGCCUGCCAGCCCCCGUUUGCCUUUCGGCAUGUGCUCAAGCUAACCGACAACUCCAACCAGUUUCAGACAGAGGUCGGCAAGCAAUUGAUUUCUGGAAACCUGGACGCCCCUGAAGGUGGACUGGAUGCCAUAAUGCAAGUUGCUGCGUGCCCGGAGGAAAUUGGUUGGCGCAACGUCACGAGGCUCCUGGUGUUUGCCACAGAUGAUGGCUUCCACUUUGCUGGUGAUGGGAAGCUUGGCGCCAUCCUGACGCCCAAUGACGGCCGCUGCCACCUGGAAGAUAACUUGUACAAGAGGAGCAAUGAGUUCGACUACCCAUCGGUGGGCCAGCUGGCACACAAGCUUUCCGAGAGCAACAUCCAGCCUAUCUUCGCAGUAACCAAGAAGAUGGUGAAAACCUAUGAGAAGCUCACAGAGAUCAUCCCCAAGUCGGCGGUGGGGGAAUUGUCCGAUGAUUCCAGCAACGUGGUGCAGCUCAUCAAGAACGCCUAUUAUAAACUCUCCUCCAGGGUCUUCCUAGACCACAGCACCCUCCCCGACACCCUGAAAGUUACCUACGACUCGUUCUGCAGUAACGGAGCAUCAAGCAUAGGCAAGCCCCGAGGGGACUGUGACGGUGUGCAGAUCAACAACCCGGUCACCUUCCAGGUAAAGGUCACAGCUUCAGAGUGCAUCCAGGAGCAGUCCUUUACCAUCCGGGCACUGGGCUUCACGGAUACAGUGACCGUGAAGGUCCUUCCCCAGUGUGAAUGCCAGUGCCGGGACCAGAGUCGGCAGCAGGGUCUCUGUAGAGGCAAAGGUUCCAUGGAGUGUGGCAUCUGCAGGUGUGAAUCCGGCUACAUUGGGAAAAACUGUGAGUGCCAGACACGGGGCCGAAGCAGCCAGGAACUGGAAGGAAGCUGCCGGAAGGACAACAGCUCCAUCGUGUGUUCAGGGCUGGGGGACUGCAUCUGUGGGCAGUGUGUGUGCCACACCAGUGACGUCCCCAACAAAGUGAUCUUCGGGCAGUACUGCGAGUGUGACAACGUCAACUGUGAACGAUACGAUGGCCAGGUCUGCGGAGGCCCACUGAGGGGCUCCUGCUCCUGUGGCCAGUGCAGUUGCAAGGAGGGCUUCGAGGGCUCUGCCUGCCAGUGCCGCAGGUCCACGGAGGGCUGUCUGAAUACUCGGCUGGUGGAGUGUCAUGGCCGUGGCCGGUGUCGUUGCAACAGAUGCGAGUGUGUUGGGAAUUACCAACCACCGCUGUGUGAGGAUUGUCCUGGCUGCCCCUCGCCCUGUGGCGAGCCCAAGUACAUCUCUUGUGCCGAGUGCCGGAAGUUCGAUAAGGGCCCCUUUGAGAAGAACUGUAGCGUGGAGUGUGCCAAUGUGACGCUGCAGCUCACCCCUUUGAAGGGAAAACUCUGCAAGGAGCGAGACUCGGAGGGUUGCUGGAUGACCUACACCAUGCAGCAGAAGGACGGCAUAGACAUUUACGACAUCCAUGUGGAGGACAACCGAGAAUGUGUGGAAGGCCCCAAUGUGGCUGCCAUCGUAGGGGGCACCGUGUUACUCGUCGUGCUGAUUGGUGUCCUUCUCCUGGUCAUCUGGAAGGCCCUGACCCACCUGACUGACCUCAGGGAGUACAGGCGCUUUGAGAAGGAGAAGCUCAAGUCCCAGUGGAACAAUGACAACCCCCUCUUCAAGAGUGCUACCACAACUGUCAUGAACCCUAAGUUUGCUGAAAGCUAGGGCACGAGCUGUCAGGAUCAACCAGAUGAGACCCUGAGACCAUGCCUCCUCCCCUCUGCAAUCGUGAUGUGGCUUACAGCUCACCACAGCACUUCCAAGGAUCCAAAGGCCCACUCUGUUUCUUCUCACCUUUUACGUCAAAGCUGCGAGGCUUGCCACAAACUCACCCUCUCACAGGCACAAUCUUGUCACCACAGAGCCUUAAGGAUGUCCCAAGGUUCUGCACACAUUUCCUUAUAUAAAGGAAGACCACAGUCUCAGUAAAGGUGCCACAGACUUAUUUAUAUUUAACCUUGUCAGGGUAUGAAACCACAUCCCAUUUUUUUAAUAUUGUUAACACAUCAACCGUUGUAUUAUAUAUGGGUGUGAAACUAUAUCCCACAUAUUAUAUUGUAACUGUAUGUGUAAAAAUAAUAAAGCUUCCAUCCAUGCUGUCCACA